AUGUGGCUUUCGCUGCUGCUGCUGCUGCUGCUGGUUGUGCCGCUGUUGGCGGUCCUCUGCAAAGGGCACCUGCGGCCGUUCGCAGGCGGCUCCCCGAACCCCUUCUCCGAGGACGUCAGGCGGCCCUCCGCGCCGCUGGUGACCGACAAAGAGGCCAGGAAAAAGGUUCUCAAGCAAGCUUUCUCAGUCAGCCGAGUGCCAAAGAAGCUGGAUGCAGUGGUGAUCGGCAGUGGCUUUGGGGGCCUGGCUGCAGCUGCGAUUCUAGCCAAAGCCGGCAAGCGAGUUCUGGUACUGGAACAACAUACCAAGGCAGGAGGCUGUUGUCAUACUUUUGGAAAGAAUGGCCUGGAAUUUGACACAGGAAUCCAUUAUGUCGGGCACAUGCAAGAGGGCAAGAGUAGCCGUCUUAUCCUGGACCAGAUCACUGAGGGGCAGCUGGAAUGGGUCGCCUUGUCUUCUCCGUUUGACAUCAUGGUACUAGAAGGACCCAACGGCCGAAAAGAGUUCCCCAUGUACAGUGGGAAGAAAGCUUACAUUCAGGGCCUCAAGGAGAAGUUUCCCCAGGAGGAAGCUGCCAUUGACAAAUAUAUAAAGCUGGUUAAGGCGGUGUCCCAUGGAGUCGUCCUGGCCAUCUUGUUGAAGACCCUCCCAUUGCGCAUAGCUCAGCUCCUCAGCAAGUGGGGGCUGCUCACCCAUUUCUCUGCCUUUCUUCGUGCUUCCACCCAGAGCCUGGAUGAGGUCCUGCGGCAGCUGCCGGCCUCCCCGGAGCUCCGGGCGGUGCUCAGCUACAUCUUCCCCACUUACGGUGUGACCCCCAGGCACAGUGCCUUCUCCAUGCACGCUCUGGUGGUGAACCACUACAUGGAAGGGGCCUUUUAUCCCCGAGGGGGUACCAGUGAGAUCGCUUUCCACACCAUCCCUGUGAUUCAGCGGGCCGGGGGCGCUGUCCUGACCAGUGCUACUGUGCAGAGUGUGUUGCUGGACUCCACUGGGAAAGCCUGUGGUGUCACUGUGAAGAAGGGUCAGGAGCUGGUGAACAUCUAUUGCCCCGUCGUGAUCUCCAACGCAGGACUCUUCAAUACCUACAAGUACCUACUGCCAGAGAAUGCCCGCUGUCUGCCAGGUGUGAGGCAGCAGCUGGAGAUGGUGCGGCCUGGCUUGAGCGCCUUCUGUGUUUUCAUCGGCCUACGAGGCACCAAGGAGGACUUGGGGCUGCAGUCCACCAACUACUUUGUGUAUUUUGACACAGACUUCGACAAGGCGAUGGAGCAUUACGUCUCGAUGCCCAGGGAAAAGGCUGCAGAGCACUUGCCCAUCCUCUUCAUUGCCGCCUCCUCAGCCAAGGAUCCCACUUGGGAGGACCGGUUCCCAGACCGGUCCACGAUGAUCGUACUGGUGCCCACCUGCUAUGAGUGGUUUGAAGAGUGGCAGGAGAAGGCAGAGGGAAAGCGGAACAGCGACUAUGAAACACUCAAAAACUCCUUUGUUGAAGCCUCUAUGUCGGUUGUCAUGAGACUGUUCCCACAGCUGGAGGGGAAGGUGGAGAGUGUGGUUGGAGGGUCCCCGCUGACCUACCAGUUCUAUCUGGCUGCUCCCUGGGGUGCCUGCUAUGGGGCCAGCCAUGACCUGGACCGCCUACAUCCUCAUGUGAUGACCUCCAUGAGGGCCCAAAGCCCCAUUCCCAACCUCUACUUGACAGGCCAGGAUGUCUUCACCUGUGGGUUGGUGGGGGCCUUGCAAGGGGCCCUACUAUGCAGCAGCACCAUCCUGAAGCGGAACUUGUACCUAGACCUUAAGAAUCUCAAUUCAAGGAUCCAGGCUCAGAAGAAUUAG